UAUAAGGGCUUCAACUCAAAACCAAAAUCACCAUUAAUCAGAAUAUAACCCAACUUUCCUCCUUUCUGCUCACUCUCCACUCUUAUCUUCCCUAUUAAAAAGAAAAGAAAAGAAAAAAAGAAAUCCAUGGCUAUUUCAGCACCACGUAAGUUGAGUCUCAUCAAACCAGACCGCCAGCUUUUCGCAGGAGGCGACGAAAAUGCCUUGACAAAGCAAGUUUUGGCCACUCAUUCUGAAGAACCACUUGAGUUUCCUGUCACCCCUUUGCUCAGCCUUGUUGAACAAAUUUUCCUUCGAGCUAAACUCAAUACUCACCAGGGAGCAACUCGAGCUCAGCUGGAGGCAAUCGAAGACAAAUCCCCAAGCCCAACAGACUUACUAGACUUGCUGGAUUUUGUGUCAUUCACUAUCAAUAGAGUUUCUAAUGAGAUACAGUACAAGUGUUCAGGAGCUGGGGAUCCCCAUACCGUGACUAUGGAAGUCUUCAAUUUGUUAUCAAGUUGGCCAUGGGAUGCUAAGGUGGUGCUGGCCUUGGCUGCAUUUGCUAUAAACUAUGGAGAGUUUUGGCUAUUGGUUCAACAGUCCUCAACCGACUUACUUGCCAAAGACAUCUCGCUCCUCAAAAAACUUCCGGAAAUAUUUGAGAGAGUCGACAUUGUGAAGCAAAAAUUUGAAGCCCUCGACAAACUCAUCAAGUCACUCGUGGAUGUGGCGAAGUGUAUCGUCGACUUCAAGAUGCUUCCUCCCCAUUAUAUUACUCCAGACACGCCUGAAAUGAAGAGUGCAACCACUCUUAUUCCAACAGCUAUUUAUUGGACAAUCAGAAGCAUCGUUGCCUGCGCUGCACAGAAUGCGGGCCUUAUUGGAGUUGGUCAUGAGUAUUUGGCGUCAGCAUCUGAGACAUGGGAGCUAUCUAGUUUGGCCCAUAAGAUCGACAAUAUCCGGAAGCACCUCGAACAACUGCUUCUUGCUUGUCAUCAUUACAUAAAUGAGAAGAUGCAUCACGAAGCAUAUAUGAACCUGGUCCGCCUUUUUGAGAUACCCCACAUUGACAACAACAAGAUUCUGAGGGCUUUGAUUUACUCCAAGGAUGAUAAGCCACCCCUAGUCGAUGGUUUAAGCAAAGAAAAGGCUACUCUCGAAGUGCUGAGAAAGAAAAAUGUGCUACUUCUCAUCUCUGACCUGGACCUGUCCAUAGUGGAGCUUUCAAUGCUCGACCAAAUCUACAGAGAAUCGAGACAGAACAAAACAAGAACAGAAAGCGAUUACGAGGUUGUGUGGAUGCCAAUUGUGGAGCCCCCAUGGACAGAAGAGAAACAGGUGAAAUUCGAGGCAUUGUUGGGGUUGAUGCCGUGGUACUCAGUUGCACAUCCUUCACUAAUCGAAUCCGCCGUCAUUAAGUAUGUAAGACAAGUAUGGAACUUCAUCAAAAAACCUUUAUUGGUGGUUCUGGACCCUCAAGGCAAAGUGGUUAAUACCAACGCCGUCCAUAUGCUCUGGAUUUGGGGAAGUUUGGCCUACCCUUUCACCAGCGCUCGAGAGGAAUCACUUUGGAAAGAAGAAACUUGGCGACUAGAGCUCUUAGUCGAUUCAGUCGAACCCCUCAUCUUCCAAUGGAUGGAAACAGGGAAAUACAUUUGCAUACUUGGAGGGGAAGAUUUGGCAUGGAUAAGAGGCUUCAGUGCAAAGGCAUUAGGAGUAGCUAAGGAUGCUGGGAUAAAUUUGGAGAUACUGUACGUGGGAAAGAGCAACCCGGGGGAGAAAAUAAAGAAGAACAUAGCUGCAAUCUUAGCAGAUAAAGUGAUCCACACACUUGUAGAUCCAACCCUGAUUUGGUUCUUCUGGGUGAGGCUAGAAAGCAUGUGGUAUUCAAAAACACAAAGGGGAAACACAAUUGAAGACGACCCCGUAAUGCAAGAGACGAUGACGAUGUUGAGUUUUGACAGCGGCGACCAAGGAUGGGCCUUGUUCUGCAAAGGCUCAACCGACAUCCUUCGUGCGAAAGCUGAGACCAUAACCAAUGUGGUGGACGGUUAUGAAGAGCGUUGGAAGGUGCAUGUACAGGAAGAAGGUUUUAUUCCUGCUAUGAGCAAAGACCUCCAAGAUAUCCACACUCCGGAGCAUUGCAACCGUCUGAUUCUUCCUUCUUCCAAUGGCACCAUUCCAGAGAAGGUGGUUUGUUCAGAAUGUGGUAGUGCCAUGGAAAAAUUCAUCAUGUAUCGCUGUUGCAACGACUAAAAGUUCACACAACUUUCCUUUAAACUUAUGAGACAUUGCCGAGAGUUUCCUUUUAGUAAUGAGUGUGAGUUUGUUAGUUGUUUGCAGCGUGGUCUUUUCUUGUGAAAUAAAAGUUGUAAUUCCAUGGAUGCAUGGAAGUGAAGUUUGUUUUGUAAUUUCUUGUCUUACUACUUACAUAUUUGUAUCUUUCACAAUGGUAAUUUUGAACAUUUCCCUCUUCAUUUUAAAGAAAAUUUCAUGGAAUA